AUGGUGCCCGCCCUAAGCCGUGUCAAGCGAGAGCAACUCCGCAAGCGCCGCAAUAAUCUGUUACGGCGGCAUAACGAAUUUUGGCUUCUGUAUGGGAUGAAAAGCUGGCUCAUUAUGGAACUGCCUGAUGGUCAAAUCUUCACGUAUCACUCUCAUCCCGAUGUCCUUCCGCCGUCCAAGGAAGAUAUGAACACGCGCUCCAAGCCCACUGUCGUUCGAACACCUCGCGAUUAUAAUUCCACGGCCAUUGCUCAGUCAGUCGGAAGAGACCUCCCUGUCCCCUACGCUCCAAUACGUGAAAACAAAAAAUGGGACGCUCUGGCGCAGCACUUGAAGAAUUAUCGUCGCACGGUCUCGUAG